CCCGCCCACUCACUGCCACUCAGCCCAGGAACAGAGCCACUGCCUCUGGCCACGUCUCAGAACAGCGCUCGGUACACAACCGACGGUCGGUCAGUGGAAGUGGCCGAGCAGCAGCAGCAGCAGCAGCAGCCGGCGAGGGGGGAGGACCGCAGGGUGUUGGGUCAGAGAGGCUCUGAAGAUCAGAUGAACGAGAGUCGUCUUUUAGUCCCUCUGUCCCACCGGCCUGUCCUCUCUCAUCCAGUCAGUGCCUCCUGCUGAUCCAGCCCGUCUGACAUUUACAGUGGAAGUGGACCAGUGUGGGGGGGUUCUCUCUGCACAGUCUGAUUGUGUCAAAAUAGGCUACGCUGAGGUAACACGCAGCUCCACGAAGGCCGACUAAAAGGGAGGAAGAUCCAGAUCCAGAUCCAGAGCCUGGCAGUGAUCCUCCGCCACCAUGCCCCGCUGCAGAGUGACCCUCAGCACCAUGAUAUUCCUGGUGAUCCUGCAGGGGGCGGCGGUGGUGCUGUUCUGCGGCUGGUACGUCCAGCUCAGUCCCUGCACCUCCGCCCCCUCCAACGGCAAAGUCCACGUUCUGCUGCUGUCCUCGUGGCGAUCCGGGUCGUCCUUCGUGGGUCAGGUGUUCAGUCAGCACCCGUCCGUCUUCUAUCUCAUGGAGCCGGCCUGGCACGUGUGGACCAAACUGCAGAGACCUGGUGCACGGGCACUCCGGAUGGCGGUGAGGGAUCUCUUGCGGAGUGUAUUCCAUUGCGACUUGUCCGUGAUGGAGGCUUACCUGCUGGAGCAGCACAACGUGUCCUCCUUGUUUAUGUGGAGCCACAGUAGAGCACUGUGCUCGCCGCCGGCCUGUCCCCUCACGCCACGCAACCAGUUCAGCAACCAGACCCGGUGCUUCCAGACAUGUGACGCCCGCGGCCUGCAGACCGUGGAGGACGCCUGUGGCACGUACAGCCACGUGGUGCUAAAAGAAGUGAGAUUCUUUGAGCUGGAAUCCCUCUACCCGCUCCUGCAGGACCCGAGCCUAGAUCUCCGCAUCAUCCACCUGGUCCGGGACCCUCGGGCUGUGGUGCGGUCCAGGGAGGAGUCAGCCAAAGCCUUCGUGAGCGACAACGCCGUCGUCUUGGAGCAGAGGAACAUUCCGCCUGCCGAGGUGCAGUAUCAGGUCAUGCAGGAGAUCUGCCGCAGUCACGUGCGCAUUAAUGAGAGGGCCAUGCUGAAGCCCCCGCCCUUUCUCAAAGGCCGCUACAAGAUGUUCCGCUAUGAGGAUGUGGCGCGCAACCCACUCAAGGAGAUCACCGCCAUGUAUGACUUUGUGGGCCUGGACAUGACCAGGCCGCUGGAGGACUGGAUCUACAGAGUGACUCACGGAAAAGGCAAAGGCUCCAAAAAGGAGGCCUUCAAAAUCACUUCACGCAACGCUGCCGACGUCUCCCAGGCGUGGCGCACCACAAUGCCACACAACAAGGUCAGACGGAUCCAGGAAGUGUGUAAAGGGGCCAUGGCAUUGCUCGGGUACAGGACAGUUAACAGUGAAAAAGAACAGAAGAGACUUGACAUAGAUCUCCUUGUGCCGCAGGAACCGUAUCAGUUCAGCUGGCUGCCGGCUAAAACCGAGCAUCCCAGUGAUGGUUAAAAUGAUGUUUUAGUGUUCGACAAAGACACCGAGAGACUACUUUGAACUAAAGUCUAUAUUUUUUAUAGGCUGUAAUGAGUGCUACCGCAGUCUGACUGAUCUGCUGAGGGAACACUGGCAUGGUGUCCCAAGGUAAAGCUUUGGUUUGUGGUGGAGACACCUCCCACUGUCAGGGGAGGGAGAGGAUUCAAGUUAGGGCUGCACAAUAUAUCGUUUAUAUUAACUGGCUUAAUUAAUAUAUCAAGAAAGGCCGCGACAUAUCGCGAAAGACACAGAUUGUCUUGUGUUAGUCAAAAACUGCACUUUAAAUGCUACUGUCAUUCUUCUUUUAAUGGUGCCUUUUAUGUUCAAUUCAAUGUUUAAUUUGUUCAAUGAAACAAUUUUUGAAUGUAUUGAAGAAGAAUACUGAAAACAGCAGAAAUGAGUACACUAUUAAUAAACAGUUUAUUUAUCACAAGUAAUAUUGUUAUCGCGAUAUUCAAACACAUAUUGUUGCAUAUUGUCCUCAUAUCGUGCAGCCCUAAUUAAAACGUGAAAAGACAGCACAGCAGUUAUUGUAUGAUGAAGACAAUAGCUCAAACCGAUUUAAUCAAUCAUCAAAAUAGUUGAAAUGAAUUUAAUAGUUGACAACUAAUCGACUAAUUGAUUCAUCUUUGCAGCUCUAGUGUUAAAAAAUUAUACAUUUUGCAGCAAUUCUACAACUUGGAUUGGAACACCCCAGUCUUUACAACUCUUUCAGAAGAUAGUGUGCGUGAGUUUGCAUAUGUUUGCCGAGGUUUUAGGAACCAGCCACACAUGGGAGGAAGUUGCCAGAUGAUUCCCUGGUCGGGACAAUCAGUGAGGCUGUAGAUCUUUAAAAGCCUUAAAACACCCUGAAGUAACUGAGUGUGCACAGGCGGGACUCGGUGACUGCACUCAGUGACUCUGGGCCGGGGUUGCCGUGGAGACAGUCCGAGCGGGCUGCUGUGUUCUGCAGCACCAGAGAACGGCGAAGCUUCCAUCUUGAUGUCCUGAACGUUGAACAAGCCACGCCACACGUGCAGAAGUCUGUCUGGUCGCUGUUAUGAAUUCUUACUGCAACCCUAAAAAAUGAUUCCACGUCCAUCCCGUCGGGGGUCCUGGUUAGGGCUGCUCGCUUGGAUUUCAACAAUCCGGAUUCCAACUCCGAUUCUCCCUUUUGAUUCCGGGUCUUUGAGGGGCGGGGUUGAACCGGCUCCCACACUUAUUUCACAGAUAAGAAGAAGAUGUUUCAGGAGGUUUGCGGUCGUCCGGGGCUUUUCCACGGCUGCAACGCAGCGCGCGCCUGGAGUAAGGGCGGCCGCUACGGAAACCAAAACUUACACGAUUUGGAGCCAAUGAUCACAGUCAAAAACCAAAUUUUACUACUAAAACGAUUUGCCUUAUAAUAUACCCCAUUUCUUUAUUUAAGUUUGUUUACAAUAGGGCUGCAACCGAUUUGAUUUUUAAAGGAAUCUGUCGGUUAUUUUCUCGAUGAAUGUGAAUUGAAAUUAAUUAGUUGUUUGGUCUAAAAUGUCAGAAAAUGAUAAGAAAUAUGGAUCAUCUGCUCAUAAAAAAAUGACUCCAACCAAUUAAUUUAUUAUUGAAAUAGUUGGUGAUAAAUUUGAUAGUUGACAACUAAUUGGAUUUGUCUCUGCAGCUCUAGUUUACAGGAACGUUCUCCUCUUAUUGGUUGAUUAAUUAUUGUUUGAUUAAUUAUUGGUUGAUUAAUUAUUGUUUGAUUAAUUAUUGGUUGAUUAAUGAACUGAGCGGUGAUCUGAGUAUUUAACAGUGAUUAAGGAUCAAAGUGUUGUGUGUGAAUGUUAAAUCCUGUUGAUUUCCUUCUUCAGAGACUAAUUUAAAGGAGCUCAGCAGAAAGUUGAAUGAGGAAGACUCCUUUUACUCGCUCAGGCAUUCCCAUGACUCCCGGCUUCUACUCCGUGGCAGAGGUCCAUCCAGAUCCGGGGCCUGUUGCACGAAACCAGGAUAAGGGAUUAAGCCAGGAUAUCCAAGUUAUCCAGGAUAUCUUUAUUCUACUUUCGUGCAACAGGCCCCCGGUCAUUGUCUCUCACGAUUCAAGAUUACUUGAAUACUUUAUUGGCAUGCAUCUAAGUUACACAAACAAAACAGAAGCAGCAUGUAGAAUGGGACUCUGAUGAGUUUCAUUAUGAGAAUUGAGCAUUCAGAGGAAAUCUCCAGCAUAAAUCACAAUAAGACGACUCUAAAAUUGCAGCUCAUUAAGAAAUACUAAAUUGUCCGGAGCAUUUGUGUGUAACAUUACCAUUAGACACUUUAAAGUCUUGGUUGCUGUUCAGCUUCAGCUGACACGUUGUAGUGAAAGCCUUUUCACCAGAUUAGGAGUCCGCUCGGUGGGUAAGUGAUCCGUUUGCAGCUUAGUCCUUCAAUAAGAAAUGCUUCCUGGAGACCGGUACCUGCCAGCGUUGAGUAAUAGUUCAAAGGCCAGCACAUUACAGUCUGUCUUACCGUGUUGACAGAGUUAAUGUCGCUGAAGACGAGAGUCUGAUCUGUGCUCUGUGUGUCCGCCUCAGACACAUGGGACACAUGGGACACAUGGAACACAUGGGACACAUGGAACACAUGGAACACAUGGAACACAUGGGACACAUGGGACACAUGGAACAAAGUGUUCUCUGAGUACACUGUGGACACUCAGUGGGUCUCCCUGUGGACGGGGUUCCUGUGUAGUGUGUGCUGGCCUGUCUGAUAGUCCGCCCGCUGCAUGAAGGAAAAUCUGUAUAGCUCCGGUGUGUUAAAAAGAGAGUUGAACAGCACACUUCAGACAGCAGCGUCAUCAGUGUUGUUAAACAUAAACCAUAGUAGAGGGUCUAUGAUUUAAUUAAUGUUUCUGAAGUGGGAAGCUUUAACCCGGGAUCAGCAGUCCAUGUGGAGACAGACUGGUGAUGUUGGAAGGCCCGGACCCAUUUAAUAUGUUGGGAAACUACAGUAUAUAUCAUCAACAUAAUGUGUUUUAAUCAAAUGUUUUGUGAAGAGUCGCCACUGAUUUUAUGAAGAAGAACAGUACAGUUAAUGUGUCCCUAUGCAAUGUGAAAAAUAUGGAAGUUUAUUGUUAUGUUUAUCCUUCUUUGCAUUCAGUCUAUGGUUUAACCAAACGGCUUCCCUCUGUAUGAAGAGUCUGUUGGCACCUUUCAGAAGUUUUGGGCUGCCAAUGUGUUCUUGUAUUUAAAUAAAGAUGACUUAUGAAGCAGAAUGAUAUGGUACUAAAUAUGUACAUGUAGUCUGUAGAUAUUUCUAUUCUGUUGCCUUUAAGGGAAAGCUGGUUAUUAAGCUGGUUUGUAAGAAGGAUUUUCUUAGCAGUACUUCCUUUGUGUUUGGGCUCCAUCUGUUGGCUGAGUCUAGUAAAUGAUGAGAAUUUAAACAUCAUAAACAUAUUCA